AUGUCUUCGACACACGGCAAGUUCGAGUUUGGACUAGAUCCCGUCAAUAAACACCACCGAUGGUUGAUGUUUGCACAAGCAGCGCUCGGAUAUGGGGUUCAGAUGAAUCAGAGAAAGGGUCCACUGAGCUGGAUGUAUGGGAUGGAUUCCGAGCUUCGUGUCAAUGGACAUAUGAAGCGAUUCGUCGGGAGUAGACUCCCAUCACUGACGUCCCGUAAUUCAGUUCCGCUUGAAAUCUUGACAAAAAUUUUAACCUACCUUGACCUACGUUCCGUCAUGGUUAUGACCGUGGUUUCGGCGAAAUUCUAUUGCUUUUUUUUCGACAAAAAUUCGAAUACGAAUUUUUGGAGACAUUAUCGGGUCUCAUUUGGAUUCCCGUCUCCUCCACCAGACACGACCGAAAGAGAUUGGUCGCUAGGUUUAUUCUUCGCUAUCCAUGGGGUCUGCGAUUUCUGUGCUGGUUAUUCGUCUCCGAAAAAGUUCUGGUUUCGAAGACGAGCGUCUAUCUGCUCCGAUUGUGUUUGCGAUUACGCCACGGAUGAGGAGAGGGAUCUGAGAGAGUUGGACUAUACAAUUCCGUCAUUCCCUGUUGAUUUUUUCAGGGAGGCCUAUCCAAAAGAUGACUAUCCUGAACUUGAGGAUGAUGACUAUUCUGUUUUACCAAUUUGGACAGAAUUUUGGACACCUCCGGAAGAAAGAUUUGGUCUACAACCAGGCGGUCCACGACGAGACGGUCCACACCGAAGGCUCCUCUAUGAUGAUGUGGACACCCUGUAUGAAGAACUCAGACGCGCUGAAAAGGAGGCUCGGAAAGAAAUUUUAAAACGCUGGAGAAGAGAGACUGAAAUGGAGACACUUAUCAAUGAAAGGGUGAACAUCUGGGGAAAUGAACUGAGUCAGGAACAUCAAUUUUUGUAUAGAUGA